AUAUAAAUGGUAAAGAUGGUAAGAUGAGCAGUAUCUAUACAUACUUUGUCACGACAAUAUAUCACAGACAGCUUGAAGUUGUUUAUAUAUUUUAUCAUGGAGAGACCAAUUGUGACUGUGAAACAAGGAAAAUUGCAAGGAAUUUUCGAAGAUAAUGUCCUUGGUUCUCGUUAUCUCGCUUUUAAAGGCAUACCAUUUGCUGCUCCGCCAGUGGGCGAGUUGAGAUUUAAGGAUCCCGAACCUCCGGCUUCCUGGGAAGGUAUCCGAGACGCUUCUGAAAAUGCCGGUAAUGUUUCUGUGCAAAAAUUUCAACUUCAAUCGAUAAUUGGCAGCGAAGAUUGUCUUUAUCUUAGCGUUUACAUACCUUACAAUCUCUAUCGAACGUCACGGAAUCCAGUUAUGGUUUGGAUUCAUGGUGGAGGUUAUUCUACUGGUACUGGCAAUGAUGUUUUCGAACGACCUGAUUAUCUCGUGGCAAAAGAUGUCAUUCUAGUAUCUAUAAAUUACAGACUUGGUGCUUUAGGUUUCUUAAAUAUUGGUCAUGAAGUAGCAAACGGAAAUCAAGGCAUGAAGGAUCAAGUUGCUGCAUUGAAAUGGGUCAAGGAAAAUAUCCAGACGUUUGGUGGAGACCCAAACAACAUCACUAUUUUUGGCAUUAGUGCAGGUGGUUCAUCCGCACAUCUACUGAUGCUAUCGCCAUUAUCUAAAGGUCUCUUUAAUAAGGCCAUUCUUCAAAGUGGAAUAGCUACAUGUUUGUGGGCGGUAACAGAGAAUGCACAAGAAAAAGCUUUUAAGCUCGCAUCACUACUUGGUAACGAUUCCAAAGAUCCUAUAGAAGUUGUUGACUUUCUUAAAACGGUACCUGCCGAAGAGAUCGUCAAUGUCCAAAAAAAUGUUCUUACUCCUGAGGAAAUACGCAAUUUUACUCUCGCGUUUGGACCUACGAUCGACGAAAAAGCAAAGAAACCUUUUCUCCCAUGCCCUAUUUCUCAGUUACUUAAUGACGACAAUGAUAUACCAAUCAUAGUUGGUUGUACUUCUCACGAAUUUAUCAUGUUUCUUUCUGAUACCAGUGAAAAAGCUUUAGAGACGAUAUAUGCAAAUCUACAUCUUCACGUAAAACAGAGUAUACAUUCGCAAGACUCGGAAAAGAUAACGCGAUUGACGGAGCAAGUUAAGAAACAUUAUUUUCAUAAUAAACCGAUUACUAAAGAGAGUAUUCCAUCUAUAAUACAAUGGAUGAGUGAUUUGUAUUUUUGUAAUCCUGUUAAGAAUUUUGUGAACAAUCAAAGAAUAAAGAAAAAGGCCCCGAUCUACUAUUAUAAUUUUUCCCACAUUGGUGAUGAAAUGACUUGUACGAAUCGACUUAAAACUCUUCCUAUGAUUGGAGCUUCUCAUGCUGAUGACAUGUCAUAUCUUUUUUAUCUGCCAAAAUGUAAAAUUGAUAAUCCUGAUCCGCCGGCGAUAGGUACAAAGGAUCGACAAGUAUUAGAAAGUCUUACGAAAAUGUGGACCAAUUUUGCAAAGACAGGAAAUCCUACACCUGUCAUUGAUGAGCAUGUUACUACUACUUGGUUACCGGCAACAGCUGAUAGCUUUAAUUGCUUGGAUAUUGGCGAGACUCUUCAACUUUCAACAAUUACUGAUUAUAAUAACAUAUUCGAAGAUUAGUUACAAAAUGUUGCAUAAACACCGGUAAGUUGACUGAAAUUUUAACAGUUAUAGAGAUUCGUCAUAUAUUCAAUGUAAUAUACUCGUAUAUGUUACAUGAAAUAAUAAAUGAAUAUUUUUAUGUGUA